AAUAUACAAGACCUUCCAGCUUCAGCGUGUUAUUUUGCGAGGGCGGACGAAGUCUUUUGAGGCUGACGAAUCGACUUCUUGCACAGCUCCCGGAAGUCCGUUGAGCCUUGCCUUGUGGCAAUUGCCUCCACAAGUCUCGUCGAAGGCGUCUGCGGCCAAGAAGAAGGCAGUUGUCCGCGCGACUGAAUGAACCGAAGAAUGCUUCUCAGCUCCGGGAGACACUUGCUGGCCAGCGCUGGGCUGCUGGCAACCUUCGAAGGCGUGAGGUUGCAGGCAUUAACAGGCAUUGCCCGCUCGCUGUCAAGCGCGGCAGCUGCGUCGCCCAGCGAGGCCUCCGACAAGCUGCAUGUGUGCGUCGUCGGCUCCGGCCCGGCAGGCUUCUACACCGUUGACAGGCUGCUGAAGCGCUACGGCGACAAGGUGCACGUGUCCAUCCUGGACCGGCUGCCCACCCCCUUCGGCCUGGUGCGCUCGGGUGUGGCGCCCGACCACCAGGACACCAAGAAUGUGAUCAACCAGUUCGGGGCGCUGGCCGGCGACCCGCGUGUGUCGUUCUUCGGCAAUGUGCUGGUGGGCCGGGACGUGGCGCUGCAGGAGCUGAGGCAGCUGCACCACGCGGUGGUUCUGGCCUACGGCGCCGAGAGCGACCGGCGCCUGGGUGUGCCCGGCGAGGAGGGGCCGGGCGUGCUGAGCGCGCGCGAGUUCGUGUGGUGGUACAACGGCCACCCGGACGCACGCCACCUGCCCGUCGACCUGUCACAGGUGGAGUCAGUAGCCAUCUGCGGCAUCGGCAAUGUGGCUCUGGACUGCGCACGUGCGCUGCUGGCGCCCGCCGCCCGCUUCCAGCCCACAGACAUGGCGGGUCACGCGCUGCGGCAGCUGGCGGGCGGCAGUGCGGUGCGGCGGGUGCAUCUGGUGGCCAGGCGGGGGCCCGUGCAGGCCGCCUGCACGCCCAAGGAGCUCAAGGAGCUGCUGACCGAGUGCGGCGUCACCGCCGCCACCUCCGCCCCAGACCAGCUGGACGUGUCGGCGGCGGACGCGGCGGAGAUGAAGGCCACGCGCCUCAAGCGCCGCGUGCACGAGCUGGUCAGCAAGGCCGUGGCGGACGGGGCCAAGCAGCAGCAGCAGGCGGCUGCAGGGGGCGGCAGCGGUCCGUGCGGUGUGCGCGAGCUGGUGUUUGAUUUCUACCGCAACCCGGUGGAGGUGGUGCGGGGCGGACCCGGCGGCGCAGUGAGCGGCCUCAAGGUUGAGCGCACGGUGGUGCAGCCGGGGCCGGGCGGCGGCGCCCCGGUGGCGGUGGGCAGCGGCGAGUUCAGUGUGCUGCCCUGCCAGCUGGUGCUCAAGAGCAUCGGGUACAAGAGCCUGCCGUUGGAGGGUGUGGCGUUCGACAGCCGGCGCGGGGUGGUGCCCAACCUGGAGGGCCGCGUGCUCAAGGCUGUGCCGGACGCCAAGGCCCUCGCCGCCGCUGCGCCCGCCGCCGCCGCGGACCUGGACUCGGGGCUGUACGUGGUGGGCUGGCUGAAGCGCGGCCCCACCGGCAUCAUCGGCACCAACCUGGUGGACGCCGAGGAGACUGCGGGCAGCCUGCUGGCGGACGCCCCCGCGCUGCUGCAGGCACAUGGCGCGGCCGCGGGCGGCAGGCAGGGGCUGGCGGGGCUGGCGGCGCUGCUGCAGUCGCGGCGUGUGCGGGCGGUGGAGUGGGGGCGCUGGCGGGUGCUGGACGAGGCGGAGGUGGCGGCGGGCCGGGCGGAGGGGCGGGUGCGGGAGAAGGUGACGGAGGUGGCGGACAUGCUCAGCAUAUGUGGCGUGUGAGCAGGCAGGCAGGCGGGCAGGGAGCGAGGGGGGCUCAGGGGUGGAGCAGGUGCUGCCGGUAUGUCGCCCCGGCUGGCUGUAGUGCUUGUUCAUGCGGGUGGCCAUGCGGGCAUGGCGCACGGAGCUGCGGAAAUGCACUUGAACGUAUGGACUUGCUUGUGAUGCUUGUGACAUGCAUGCGUACCGUAUGCGCGCGUGGCGUGAAGCCGGGUGGGGUGCGUUCAAAAUGACACGAGGCACAGGCAGCAGGGCAAGCAGUGCUCCUUACCUUCGCUGUGGCGGAUUCUAUGUGUGUGUGUGUGUGUGUGUGUGUUAGUUACAAGGUGGUGCGCACGAUCGUUGCGUGACUUCCUGCCUCGUGAACAUCGGAGGCCUGGGCCGGGGUGACCCUGAGAACGCCAACACUUGAUGACUCCUCUCCGGCAUGAAUGUGUCCACACAGAGAGUCAGAAGUAUGUCCAUUUGAGUAUUGCUGCCACACGCGCACCCUCAUUUCUGGUGCCCUGUUCGAUGCAGCCGUCGUGCGUUGGUGAGACGAGCGGCCCUUGCGGCUCGGUUAGUCUCGUUGCAUGUAUCAGGAAUGCACACUUCCCAUCCUGUAACACACACAUACCGCUGAUGUCACGCCAAUCUUUCGGCUUGCGCGUGACGCCGCCUGACCGGUGCUGCGCCCUGGUCGGAGGGAUAGCUGGCUGCCAGGGCUCCUAUCUUAAUGUCUCCAGACAUUAA